AUGCAGGGUGGAGACUACACCUACAACUUUGUUCAAGACCCCGAGGAUGCUGUGCCUGUUGGGCAGAGGAGGGCCUGGUGCUGGUGCAUGUGCUUCGGAUUGGCCUUUAUGCUGGCUGGUGUGAUCCUGGGUGGUGCCUAUCUGUACAAAUAUUUUGCAUUCCAGCAGGGUGGUGUGUAUUUCUGUGGAAUAAAGUACAUUGAAGACGGCUUAAGUUUACCUGAGCCUGGGGCAGAGGCUCAGAGUGCUCGCUACCACACGAUUGAGCAAAAUAUUCAGAUCCUGGAGGAGGAAGAUGUUGAGUUUAUCAGUGUGCCGGUCCCUGAGUUUGCUGAUAGCGAUCCUGCUGAUAUCGUCCAUGACUUCCACCGGAGACUCACUGCCUAUCUUGACCUUAGCCUGGAUAAGUGCUAUGUGAUUCCUCUGAACACUUCAGUUGUUAUGCCGCCAAAAAAUUUCCUGGAGCUGCUCAUCAACAUCAAGGCUGGAACAUACCUGCCUCAGUCCUAUUUGAUUCAUGAACAGAUGAUUGUUACUGAUCGCAUUGAAAAUGUGGAUCAGCUGGGAUUCUUUAUUUACCGCCUCUGCCGUGGCAAGGAAACCUAUAAACUACAGCGCAAAGAAGCCAUGAAAGGAAUUCAGAAGCGCGAAGCCGUCAAUUGCCGAAAGAUUCGACACUUUGAGAACAGGUUUGCUAUGGAAACACUCAUCUGUGAACAGUAAUGAGGAAUAUUACUGUUCCAGGAGACUUAACAACUACAGUAUGACCCCACCCUUUGUAUUCGUGUGCAGUGAUUAUUUUUUAAAAUCUUCUUUUAUGUAAGUAGUGGACAGGGCUUUAUUGCUGAACACCUUCCAUACUUUUCAUCUCAUGAUACAUGUAAAAUCAAUACGUUUUAGUUUUUUCCUUAUUUUCAGGUGUGGUGUUCUUAUAUUUGAAUAGCAAUUGUAUAAAGACUUAGUUGCUAGUGCAUUUCAUGUGAUGAAUCUUGAAUAUUAGGAAGAAGAGAAAGUCUUUGAAAUAUCCACCAGUUUUUAAUUAAGUAAAAUUGAAAAGAAUUAUUAAUGUACAAAUGGACUGCAAGAGCUACUUCUAACUGUAAUAUUACCUGCUAUAUAGUUUGUUACAGCAUAUAGACAAACCUGUAUUUGACUCUCCCUAAUAAAGUGCAAUUUGUUUUGUUUUUAAAAUAUUGUCAUAUUUACCUUUUUAGAUUGAUUUCUGACUUGAUGUUUUAAAAUGGCAAGUGUUUGCUGUACCAAUCUUUUAGAAAAUUAAGAAGUAACUUAUGUUACUAACUUGUAUAUAAUCCAUGUACGUGCAAUGGAAAAUAAACCUUAUAAACCUGUUUGUCUAAAA